AUGCCCCCCAAAUCAAUCGCAUCAUACUUCAAGCCUGCCAGCGGCGCGGCCGCCGGAACCCCCGCAGCGCGCAACCGCACCACCCCCUCAGCGGCAGCACGCAAAGCCGCCAUGGACGCAAAGGACAAGGACAACAAGGACAACGACGAGCCGCCUGCGAAGCGCGCCAAGGUGGCCGCCACCACGACUGCGGGCCGUGCGAAGAAGGGAGCCGCUGUGAUCCCCCAGGCCCCGACCGUCACCAUUCCCCGCGCACAGUCCCGCGCCGAGCUCCGCAAGGCGCUGGAAGCGCAUCCCAAGGUCCUUCCUCUGCUGGAACUCGAGCUUGACACUCUUGGCGAGGACUGGCUGCUGGCGCUGCAGGACGAGCUCACCAAGCCGUAUUUCCUUUCACUCAAGGAGUUUCUUAUCAAGGAGCAGAGUUCGAAGAAGGUGUUCCCACCAGCCGAGGACAUUUAUUCGUGGUCGCGCCUGUGCCCACUGAAGGACGUUCGCGUCAUCAUUGUCGGCCAGGACCCCUACCAUGACGAUGGCCAGGCCCAUGGCCUCGCAUUCAGUGUCCGUAAAGGUGUGCGCAUCCCGCCGUCGCUGCGCAACAUCUACAAGGAGAUGGGCACUGCCGUCAACGGCUUUGUUGUGCCCACACAUGGUGACCUUACCGAGUGGGCCAAGCACGGUGUGUUGCUGCUUAACACAUCUCUCACGGUCCGCGCGCACGAGGCGGGAUCACACUCGAAGGCUGGGUGGGACCAGUUCACUCUUGCCGCGUUGGGGGCAGUCACAGACUACAUGGCCGGAUCGCCCGAUACUCCGGGAGCCAAUGGACUGGUCUUGAUGGCAUGGGGAGCGCAUGCCCAGAACAUGAUCGCAGGGCUCAACACUACCCGACACCUUGUGCUCAAGUCGGCACACCCCAGUCCGCUGUCGGUGCGCAAGUUCUGGGGCAACGAGCAUUUCGCCAAGAGCAACUCGUGGCUGCGAGAGCGUUACGGUACCGACGGUGGCAUCGACUGGAAGAGCCUGGGAGCCUGA